AACCAUGUGAAUCAGGGCUAGGAGUCCUGUGAGAUUGCCAGUGACAUCUUGAGACCUCAUAAGCGCAGUAGCAUCGCUCCUGGUCUCAUCACACUUGUUUCUGCCCAUCAUGGCUGCGCCUCCCGAAGUAACGAGCAAGAAUUUCACCGGAAAAUAUAUCAUGAACAAGACAUUGAGUGAUGACAGUGACGAUAUCCUUAAGCUCCAGGGUGUAUCAUGGUUCAAGCGGCGCGCCAUCUCGAUGUUUACAUUGACGCUUGCCGUAAAGCACUAUGCAGACGAGGCCGGAACUGAGCACAUAGACAUCCAACAGACUCUAUCUGGGGGUAUCCCGGGGACGGAUGAAGACCGCACUCUUGAUUGGGAGGAACGCGGUGAGAGCGACGAUGUUUUCGGUGCUGUGAUCGGCAAAUCAAAGAGAGUCAAGCUUGAGGAAGUGGAGGAUGAAUUCUUGAAGUCUGGCUGGACGGAAGAUGCAAUUGAAGACGGGUUAGUUCUCGCGGAAGACUGGAGCGAUACUCCAAAAAGUGGCAUGGAUUGGAGGGCAGAAAUGACAUGGGGUUUUGAAAUAUUGAAUGGCGAGAGGAGACACGCCAGACGUGUCAAGUUCACAUCAUCGAAUAAGAAGGAUGGUCCGAUCUUCAAACACCUUUAUUACGACUACAGUAGGUCGCCUCCGUCGCGUCACAGUGACCUAUUCGCUCAUCUUUUUCCCAGUCGGACCCAGCUGAUACCACGGACCUUUCAAAGAUGAUUGUACGAUAUAAACGUGUACUGCGGCGAGCUUGAAAUAGUCUGU